UCGAUAAGGAGACCUUCAGUGAUGACAUAGCCAAAGUCCUCAUGAGUACGUUUCGCCAUCAGCUGGACGUGUACAUACUCAAGCGUUAGAUCCUGCAAGACCCUGCAAGUGACCGAUCUCGGCAGGUUCGGUUCCGAUGUGAAAUAGAUUCCAUUGUUCUGCAUCUGAUAAUGAAUACAGAUAUCGAAACCAACGUUCGAUAUCCUCCCUUCCAUGUUGAGUUUAGUAUGGUUAUCGUGUAGUGCGUUAGCACUCGUCCAGGACUAGGUGUAGUGGUUCCAAACUUUCGAUACCAUCUAAUGGCUGCUCCAACAAGUGCGUCCAGAUACAAGUUCUGCUGUCUUUGAAAUUUGGACUUUUACUAUCACCUCAUUGUUGCCCGCCGAGACCUUGGACUUGGAUCAUCUUUCCCCAGAGUACUCUAGUUCAGGCGACAACGGAGGUAUCAUGUAUUAUCGCAUGAAGAAUUCUUAAUCUCCAUAAGCAAUAAGCAGGUAACAAAAGUCGCUUGACCUUCCUCACAUCUAGCUCUUCUCAUUCACCAUGGUCCAACUCAAAGCUAUUCUCCUUCCCAUCAUCCUUGCCGCAGUGUCUGUUACAGGGACGCCUGUUCCAGGCAAUGCCAUCGCUCGAGGCCCAUUUGACGACGCUCUUCGUCGAGACGCUACUAUCCUCGCACCUGCCAAGCGGGAACCGGAGGACACCCGUCGAGACGCCACAAUUUUAGCACCAGCCAAAAGGGAGCCCGAGGAUACUCGUCGAGAUGCCACGAUUCUCGCCCCUGCGAAGAGGGAGCCAGAGGAUAGUCGUCGGGACGCUACCAUCUUAGCACCUGCUAAGAGGGAACCUGAGGACACUCGUAGAGAUGCUACCAUUUUUGCUCCUGCAAAGCGGGAGGCAAUGCCCGAUGAGUCGCGACGAGAUGCUUCUAUUCUUGCGCCGGCCAAGCGCGAGCCCGAGGACGCUCGACGUGAUGCCACUUUCUUAGCUCCUGCAAAGAGAGAUCCUGAGGAUACUCGGCGUGAUGCCACAAUUCUCGCGCCCGCUAAACGUGAGCCGGAAGACGAGCGCCGCGACGCUGCAAUCCUAGCUCCAGCCAAGCGUGAACCUGGAGAGUCUCGUCGGGAUGCCAGCAUCCUCGCUCCUGCCAAGCGACUUGAGAAUUAUUUGUAGAUUGAAACGAGAAGACCAUGGAGUAUAAGAAGACCAUCUAUGGUCUAGGUCAACUACUACCAUGUAGCGUACUUGUAUGAUGAUUGAAUUCAAAGCAAAUGCACAAUUGCCUUU